AUGGGCUCUUCCGAACCGAUCCUUCCCUUGCCUGGCAAGCGAAAUAUCCUCAUCACCAGCGCUUUGCCCUACGUCAACGCGAUUCCCCAUCUGGGCAACAUUAUCGGAAGCGUACUCUCGGCAGACGUUUUCGCGCGCUUCUGUAAGGCCCGGGGGCUUCAGACCUUGUUUGUCUGUGGUUCAGACGAGUUUGGUACUGCAACUGAAACCAAAGCACUCGAGGAGGGUUUAGAACCUGCUGAGCUGUGCGCCAAAUAUCAUGCUCUUCACAAGGGGAUCUAUGACUGGUUCAGAAUUGAAUUCGACGUCUUCGGGCGAACACCGACUCCGCAACAGACGGAGAUUGUUCAGGAUAUCUUUUCCGGACUCUGGCGAAACGGAUAUAUUGAGGAGCGAGAGACGACGCAGCCCUUCUGCCCUGUUCCGGCCCAUUCCACUUUCCUAGCCGACCGCUUUGUCGAGGGAGAAUGUAGCAUAUGCCAUGACCGCGGUGCGCGCGGGGACCAAUGCGAUGCUUGCGGCAACCUUCUCGACGCGUUCGAACCAGAGCGAAAGUCCGAUCACGAGUCCGAGGGAGCGAACCCAACCGCUUCGGGUACCGGCUGGCUCUUGAACCCUCACUGCAAGCUUGACGGCGCAACGCCCGAGAAACGAAGAACAAAGCAUCUAUACCUGCGACUGGAUGUACUGAAGGACCAGAUUGUGGACUGGUUCCACGCCGCUAGCAAGAAGGGUGCUUGGAGUUCCAACUGCAUCGCCAUCACUCAAUCCUGGAUCGACAAGGGAUUAGAGCCUCGUGGCAUUACCCGGGAUCUUCGAUGGGGGGUGCCGAUCCCGAAGGGCCUCGAAGGCUUGAACGACGAAGAAUACGCGCGGAAGGUGUUCUACGUAUGGUUUGAUGCCUGCAUUGGAUACGUCUCGAUAACGAAGGGGUACACAGACGGGGACGAUCUGGCAGGGAAGAAGUGGGAGCAAUGGUGGAAGAACCCCAACGACGUGACUCUCUAUCAGUUCAUGGGCAAGGACAACGUACCUUUCCACACCAUCAUUUUCCCAGCUUCCCAGCUCGGCACAGGAGGUACUUGGACCCAAGUAAACAAGUUGUCAACGACAGAGUAUCUCAACUAUGAGGGCGGGAAGUUCAGCAAGUCCAAGGGAGUCGGCGUGUUUGGCAAUACAGCCAAGGAUACUGGCAUAGAUCCCGACGUCUGGAGAUACUACUUGCUCUCACGACGCCCCGAGACUAGUGACUCUGAAUUCAAGUGGCAGGAGUUUAUCGAUGCGAACAACAACGACCUGCUCAAGAACCUUGGCAACCUGAAUCAGAGAGUCGUCAAGUUUUGUCAUGCAAAGAUGGCCGCGACCGUCCCUGACUAUACCAAGUAUUCCGACAAGUUUAUCGAGAAUCACAAGGCCGAGGUCAACGAGUCGCUGCAAGCGUAUAUCGCGCAGCUUGAGGCCAACAAGUUACGAGCAGGCUUGGGAACGGUUCUCCAUAUCUCCUCGCUGGGUAACAAACUGCUCCAGGAAAAUAAGCUCGACAACCGCCUGCUCUCCGAAGAGCCCGACCGCUGUGCUGCUGUCAUUGGCCUGGCCUUGAACCAACUCUAUCUGCUGGCGAACAUCCUAUCUCCCUAUAUGCCCGGCACCGCCGUGUCUAUACUCCAGCAGCUCGGGGUAGAGCCCACCGUCCGCAUUCCGGACACAUGGGACCACGAAGUCCUCAAACCAGGGCACGCCCUUGGAACCCCGAAGACUCUGUUCUCCAAUAUCCCCGGAUCGAAAAUAGACGAGUGGCGCGAGGCGUUCGGCGGAGAGGAACUGCGGAGACAGAAGGCCAUCGAGGCCGAGAAAGCCGCGGCGAAGAAGGCUGCCAAGGAAAGGGAGAAGGAAAGGAAGAGACUGAAGAAGGAGGCCGCCAAAGCCGCUGGUGAGCCUGGUGCCAAGACAGCUGAUGAACCCCCCACCAAAGCCCUUGAUGAACUCGCCAUCAAGGCCUCUGAUGCACCCGCCAGCAAGGGAAAGUGA